AUGUGCUUGGUUCUAGCCGUCCUUAUCCUUUGGUGUUGUCUUUCCUGUUAUGUUUUUGCAAUAACCGGUGGUAAUCGAAAAGAAAAGGGUCCUGUGACUACAAAUCUUGGAGCUGAUGAAAAAAACCGGGAUACUGUUAAAGACCAAACAUGUUCAGUUGCCGAAGUUGCUGGUGAUCAGACGCUUGUUGCACGUAUAGGUGAGAAACGUCAUACGAACAGCACUUCAAGACGUCCGAGCAGCAUGGCAAAGACUACUGAUAACGUGCAUGAAGGUGGAACUUGUAAAACAAAUGAGUCCACAGUUUCAACACGUGUAGUUGACGACCAAACUAAAAAAGAUGGUGACAUUGCUGUUGAUACGAACAUUGGUGUUGAUGUUGCGGGUGUUGGUGGUGUACAAGAUGAGGUUGCUGUCGCAGAGCAAGUUGAUGGUUGUGAGACUGGUGGAAAUGCAAAUAAUAUAGGUGUAACACAAGGUGUCGGAGUCGCAUCCGACGAUGGACUGGCUGUCAAUACAAGGCCUAAGCGGCAAACCAAUGCGACUAGUGCAAUCAAGUCACCGUUUAAGGAGAGGUUGGUUGAUGAGAACUCGAAACUAGAUGCAAAAGAGAAGAUGGCAGUUAACUGGGUUAUGAAGAAUCACUUGGCUUGGGAGAUGUCGUAUGUGGUGUUUUCAUAUGUUGCGUUUUGGGUUUUAGACAUAUUUCUGAAUGAUGACGGGUUUGUGGCAUGA